AUGGGUAAACGAGGCGGAAAAAAGUUCGGUCGUGGUGGUAACCGUGGAGGCGGCGGCGGCGGCGACCGUCGCAUCGCCUGGGCCACGGCCGAAAGAUCGAACGAGAAGUUCGAGCGCUACUACAAUGAGCCGGAAUUCAUUCCAGACGAAGAGCGCGAGGAGUUCUGGGCCUCUCUGAAGCGCGAUUUGCCCAACAGCUUCCGCUUUACAGGUUCUCGUGGACACGCCCUUGCUGUCCAGGAACGUUUAAGAGACCACUUCAUUCCCAAGAUCACUUCCAUCAAAUAUGAGGGUGAAUUCGUCGAGCCCCCGCAGCCAGUCUCAUGGUACCCUGAUCAGCUUGCUUGGUCUAUGACAACUCCCAAGCAAGUCAUUCGCCGCUUUGCUCCCUUCUCUUCCUUCCAGAAGUUCCUUGUCGCCGAGACCGAAGUCGGAAACAUCAGUCGUCAGGAGAUUGUUAGCAUGAUUCCUCCUCUCCUCAUGGAUCUCCGUCCUGGUAUGACCUGCUUGGACAUGUGUGCUGCCCCAGGUAGCAAGUCGUGCCAGUUGAUGGAGCUUAUCCACGCCGGUGAAGAAGACUCUAUUCUGGCUGCUGGCAAGAAGAUCAGUGAGGGCACUGCUGGUCCCGAGCCUCUGGGCCCGGAGGGAUUGAACGACGAUGGUCGUACCACUGGUCUUUUGAUCGCCAACGACAGCGACUACAAGCGUUCACACAUGCUUAUUCACCAGAUGAAGCGUUUGAGCUCGCCCAAUCUGAUCGUUACCAACCACGAUGCUACUAUGUACCCAUCUAUCAAGCUUACUCCUACUCCCUCUACGGAUGGCAAGCCACCCAAGAACCGGUACUUAAAGUUCGAUCGCAUUCUUGCCGAUGUGCCUUGCUCAGGUGACGGUACUGCUCGUAAGAACUAUAAUGUGUGGAAGGACUGGAACCCCUCCAACGGUCUUGGCCUUCACACCACACAGGUGCGCAUUUUGGUUCGUGCCUUGCAAAUGCUCAAGGUGGGUGGACGUGUUGUCUACUCUACUUGCAGUCUGAACCCCAUUGAGAACGAGGCCGUUGUUGCCUCUGCCAUUGAGCGCUGCGGUGGAGCUGUCAAUGUCAAGAUCAUUGACUGUAGCCAAGAGCUGCCCGGCUUGAAGCGCAAGAAUGGUCUGAAGAGCUGGAAGGUCAUGGAUCGCGAAGGUCGUAUCUGGAACAACUGGAAUGAGGUCGUGGACCACAAGGAAUCCCAGGGAACCGAGGGCUUAGCCCGAUUCUCUGAGAGCCUGUUCCCGCCCAGUGGCGAGACUGCCGAUCUGCCCCUCGAGCGCUGCAUGCGUGUUUACCCUCACCUGCAGAACACUGGUGGCUUCUUCAUCACUGUUCUCGAGAAGGCGGCUGAGAUUAAGGCCAAGCCUGAGGACACCACUAACGUCAUUAAGGUCACUAAGACCCCAGUGGCUGCUCUGGUCACGGAGCUUGACGCCCGCAAGAACAGCGACAGCGAGCCUUACCAGAAGCUCGACUCCCUUGAUGGUGUUGCUGAGCUUGAUCCGGAGACUAAGGGAGAUCUUGCGAAGAACGAGUCCGUGGCUGAAGCAACAAACCAGCUCCCGUACUCUGCAACUCUUGAUGCAUCCGAAGCUACCGUUCCCGUUAAGCGUGGCGCAGAGGACCUGGAGGAAGCGCUCCCAGCUAAGAAGACCAAGCUCGAAGAUGGCACCGAAGCCCUUAUUGGCGACCGUCCGGUUCACAAGCCAACUGGCGAUGCCGGCGACAGCUCAGCUGCACCCCUGGCGGAUAAGCCUUUGAAGAAGAAGCAGCCCCAGGAGGAUCCUUAUAAAUACCUGGAUUCCAGCCAUGAAGAACUUGACCCAAUCUUUAAGUUCUACGAGCUUUCUGACCGCUUCCCUCGCGAUCGUUUCAUGGUUCGCAAUGCUGAAGCCAACCCCUCAAGAACAGUUUACUACACCAGUGCUCUGGCACGUGAGAUCCUUUCUAUGAACGAGGGAACCGGUAUGAAGUUCGUCCACUGCGGUGUGAAGAUGUUCGUGAAGCAAGAUGCUCAGCGCUCGGAUGUCUGCCGCUGGCGUAUUCAGACCGACGGAUUGAAGAUCAUCGAGCCCUGGCUGGGUCCCGCCCGCUCCGUCGUCCUGACACAGAAGGAGACUCUUCGCAAGCUUCUCAUUGAGAUGUUCCCCAAGAUCAGCGAUGAUGGCUGGAAGAACCUGGGCGAGAUUGGCGAGCGUGUGCGCGAUGUCUCAAUGGGCUGCAGUAUCCUUCGCGUCGAGCCUAAUGGCCAGCCAGAUGGUUUCACUGAACGCAUGGUUUUGCCUCUGUGGCGUUCUCUCUUCUCCUUGAACCUCAUGCUUCCCAAGGAGGAGCGUCGUGCGAUGCUGCUGCGUAUCUACAACGACACCACUCCCCUUGUUAACCCAGCGGGCGACUUCCCCAAGAACAAGCCUGCUGGAAACACCUCGACUCCGGAGGUCUCAGGUGCGGAGACACCUGUCGAGCCUACCGCUGAGGCCGAGGACGUAGCGCUCAAGAACGAGAACAUUCAGAUUGGACAGGAUGAGCAAGAGCACGUAGAGAGCCGUGAGACCUAUAGCAAGGCCAAUGAUGAGGAGGAUCGAUUCAACACAACUGUUUAG